CCAACUUCGACGUCCGCCAACAACCACACGGUAAGCGCUUUCUCUCAACCUCAAUUGUUUUCUUCAACAUAUACGUCGCGCGUUCCAAGUUUGGAAUCAUGUCGAUAUUUGAAGAUGGCUAGAGCGUGGAUUGGCAGCAAUGUCUUCCAGUUCUUAGAGACACGGAACCUUGGUGAAUGAGAUUCGCUGACGGCUUCUGUUCUCAAUGACAGCCUGGACGAACAAGAUGCCACCAAAGGGCAAGAAAGCGGCGCCCGCGCCAUUCCCUCAAGGAAAAGCCGGUGCGAAGAAGCCAGCGAAGAACCCACUCAUCGAGAAGCGCCCCCGCAACUAUGGCAUCGGCCAGGACAUCCAGCCCGCCCGCAAUCUCUCCCGUAUGGUCCGAUGGCCGCAAUACGUCCGACUCCAGCGACAGAAGAAGAUCCUCAACCUCAGACUGAAGGUCCCCCCCGCGAUCGCCCAGUUCCAGCAUGUCCUUGACCGAAACACUGCCGCCCAGGCCUUCAAGCUGCUCAACAAGUACCGACCGGAGACCAAGGCUGAGAAGAAGGAACGUCUGACCAAGGAGGCUACUGCCAUCUCCAAUGGACAGAAGAAGGAGGAUGUGAGCAAGAAGCCAUACACUGUCAAGUACGGUCUAAACCACGUCGUUGGCCUCAUCGAGAACAAGAAAGCAUCGCUGGUAUUGAUCCCCAACGAUGUUGACCCCAUUGAGUUGGUUGUCUUCCUUCCCGCUCUUUGCCGCAAGAUGGGCAUUCCGUAUGCUAUCGUUAAGGGCAAGGCCAGGCUUGGCACUGUUGUUCACAACAAGACUGCUGCUGUGCUUGCUUUCACCGAGGUUCGAUCAGAGGACAAGAACGAGCUCUCCAAGCUUGUCUCUGCUAUCAAGGACGGCUACCUCGAGAAGCACGCCGAAACGAACCGACACUGGGGUGGUGGUAUCAUGGGUGCUAAGGCAAACGCUCGCAUGGACAAGCGGAGGAAGGCCUUGGAGAGCGCUAUCAAGAUCUAAGCGGCUGAUGGCUGAUGGCUGAAGGGAUUUCAUAGGCUCGGCGUGUCUUUUACCUUUGCAUGAGGCGAGCUUGGAGCAAUACCUAGGUGUUUAGGGCUUCCAAAAACAGCCACCAUGGGCUAGAAUCAAUCAUCAGGAGAUUACUCACAUAUUGCGGCGAACUCUUCGCAUGGUGUGAUGAAUAAGCGAGUGUGGAUACCGUCGGCAGUAGCGUCGAUUAUUCCUCCAGACAAAAUGGAAGGUACUGCUCCC